AUGUCGAAGCUUACACAACGGACGAUCGCGCACCGUCUCCGUAAGCGCGCAAGUCAACCACACAUCGGCAACUCAGUCAUCGACAUCCACUGUUCAACACUGCACGAGAUGUCAGAACCUGGGUUCUUAAGCCUCAAGACGCUUCUGAAUCCUAUCAACUUGCGGCGCGGAGCACAGUAUUCCCAGUUCCGGAUUGGAAUACCCAUUCCCUCGGCCGAAGUUGAAGGAGCUGGAGACAAUCAGCAAGGCGUCGACACCAACCCAUCUCGCAAAUCGAGAGACAAACCUGAGACAGGGUCAAAAAUGCUAGUCUUCAAUAUCGCCUUGAACCCGGUCCAUCUACGGCGCGGAUUCCAGUAUGUUGGGAUUCCGCGAGGACUACAAGCUGAACACAGCGGAGUUGAAUUUGAUCAAUGCGAGCAAGACAACCGCGAGUUUGACAGCGAGACUGACCAGGAGCUUGGGCAUCCUGACUCGAUCCGGGAGUGGUACACUGACGACCAAAUCGCAGAGUUCGUCACUUACACCCGCGAAUGCCUCAUCUCCACGCCACCACGCCCUCUCAUCACAUUGUGCAACAUAACCACGCUUGCCUCCCCACCCUCACCAUCCUGCUUGAUGCUCCGCGACGCAGUCCGCGCCGGCCACGCACAGCUCGCUCGCAGUACAGACAUCACCGAGGUCUACACAGUCGGCGCACCUCCUCCCGUUGCACCUUUCCGAGGUGGCUUCGGCGCGGACUGGUGGCACGGUCUAACUCCUGCGCAGGUCCUUGCUGGACCGCUGGCAGAGAGGAGGGACGUCCAGAAUGCGGAGAAGACAUUGCAGAUGAGUACGCGGGCGACGAGGCGCAGGAGUAGGUGGUUGGCCGAGGAGCAGGAGAAGACUGCUGAGGGCGUGAAGCGGCAGAAGAGGCGUUCAGGAUGA